UAAACCUGGAACACCCUUUAUGGGACAAGUCGAAUUGUGCAGUGCAUAGCUUGAUAACUACGCAGCACGGGUAAUUAGUGAAUCCAUUUUGUUCCAAAUCCGCUUCAGAAAAUCCCUCUAAAUUGUUCCUCUCUCAAUCACUCAAAAUGUUCAAGAAGUUCUCUUCCGAAGAUGUGUCUGCACAUAAUCAAGUCAAGGCAUCUGUGCAACGAAAAAUUCGGCAAAGUAUUGCAGAAGAGUACCCAGGACUGGAACCAGUAUUGGAGGAUUUGCUUCCAAAAAAGUCCCCUCUCAUUGUUGUGAAAUGUCAAAACCAUCUAAAUAUGGUCGUGGUUAACAACGUGCCUCUGUUUUUCAAUGUACGUGAUGGACCUUAUAUGCCUACACUUCGACUUCUUCAUCAAUAUCCGAAUAUAAUGAAAAAACUGCAAGUUGAUAGGGGUGCAAUAAAAUUUGUCCUUGCUGGUGCUAACAUAAUGUGUCCUGGGCUUACUUCUCCUGGUGGUGUCUUGGAUGAUGAAGUGGCUGAAGAAACUCCCGUGGCCAUCAUGGCUGAAGGAAAGCAACAUGCCCUUGCUAUUGGUUUUACAAAAAUGUCAGCAAAAGAUAUAAGGGCAAUCAACAAGGGAAUUGGUGUGGAUAACAUGCAUUAUCUUAAUGAUGGCCUUUGGAAGAUGGAGCGUCUAGAUUGAAUAGGUGCCUUGAGCAACUGCAGUACAAUUCGUGCAAUAUAAAGAAGAAGAUAUCGCCGGAAAUAUAUUCUCAUCCUCGUGCAACAGUUUUCGAGCUAAAGGAUUUCCACCCGGUCCUUUCCUCAUCCUUUUUCUACAAGCAACAUUUUCUCUUUCCGUUCCUUCAUUUUUAUAUGGAGGGCACUUGACAAUCAUUCAAGUUGAGUUUCUGGGUAUUUUGUGUUACAUUCAAUAUGUAAGAUACUAAGCAUUUGAACCAUAUGGGUAAUGAAAUUUGAUAGUUCAAACUGGAUUUUGUUUA